AGCACAGGCCCGGCGGUUGGGCUGUUCGGCGUCUUGCCGUUCCCUCCCACACUGUGUACUCAGGGGAAGCCAGAAAAUCGCUCGCCAUGUCGGUUGCGGAGGCGGGGGGUGUUUUCCGCCGAGCCAGGGGCAGGACCCUAGACGCGUUUCCCUCAGAAAAGGAAAGGGAAUGGAAAGGCCCGUUCUACUUCAUCCAAGGUGCAGACCCACAGUUUGGACUAAUGAAGGCCUGGUCCACUGGGGACAGUGACAGUGGUGGUGACGAGUGGGGGCAGGAGAUCCGUCUAACUGAGCAAGCUGUUGAGGCCAUCAACAAGUUGAAGCCCAAACCCAGGUUCUUUGUUCUUUGCGGGGACCUCAUCCAUGCCAUGCCAGGGAUGCCCUGGCGGAAGGAGCAGACCGCGGACCUGCAGCGGGUGCUCGCGCGCGUGGACAGCGACAUCCCGCUGGUGCUGGUCAGCGGCAACCACGAUGUGGGCAACACCCCCACGCCCGAGACAGUGGCGGAGUUCCAGAGGACCUGGGGGGACGACUAUUUCAGCUUCUGGUUCGGGGGCGUCCUGUUCCUUGUCCUCAACUCCCAGUUCUGGUACGAUGCCUCCCGAUGCCCCGCCUUAAAGCAGGCGCAGGACCAGUGGCUGGACCAGCAGCUGAGUGUCACGGGCCAGCGCAAGUGCCAGCACGCCAUUGUCUUCCAGCACAUCCCUCUGUUCCUCCGCAGCAUCGACGAGGAAGACGACUACUUCAACCUCACCAAGUCCGUGCGGAAGGAGGUGGCCGACAAGUUCAUCAGAGCAGGUGUCACAGCUGUGUUCUCAGGCCACUACCACCGGAAUGCCAGGGGCACCUACCAGAACCUGGACAUGGUGGUGUCGUCAGCCAUUGGGUGCCAGUUGGGCCAAGACACCCACGGGCUCCGAGUUGUGGUGGUCACCGCCGAGAAAAUCAUUCAUCGAUACUACAGUUUGGAUGAGCUGAGUGAGAAGGGAAUAGAAGAUGAUCUCCUGGGCCUAAUGGAGGAAAAGUGACUGCCCCUUGAGCCUGUUCCACGGUUCACUUCCACUGGUUUCUUACCCCCCU